CCUCCCGCAGGCCGUUUCAGCCCACUCUCCAUCACAGCAGCGUUGACGCUCUUCAGUGGGGAUCUCCUCGUCAGCGUCAUGCGCCUCGUUUCUCGGACAGUGAGAUCUUGCAAAAUUAAUGCUAGCUAUAGCAUAGAUGGCCAGACAUGUUUUAACAGUGGAAGGAUUUUUGAUUGUGUUGGUUCCAAAGGGGAGGAGUCAGUCGACUGGACUGCAAAGCCACAAACGCACAUAACAGAGGCAAGGGUGUGGAAAGCAUAGUCAGCAUCAAUGAGAGGAGGCCAGAGGAGAUGAAGGCUGUUCUCUCUGUCUGGGGAUAACUGAAACACGAGGGAAAGGAGGAAUAUCGGGUGGUGGGGGAGAAGAAGGAGGAAGAAGAAGAAGAAAGGAGAGGAAGAAGAGAAGCUUCCUGAGGUCUUCAUACGGGAUCCAGAUUAGCGAUGUGCUCCUCCGUCAGAGAUGACCUCAUCCCUGGACAUUUCCCUCUCUCUCUGUCUUUCUCUCUCCUUGUCCCUCUGUCCUUCACCAUAGCAGCUCCCAUGCUCCCAGAAUCGGAGCCGUGAGAGGGCUCUGCAACACACAUACCCCCCACCCACCCACCACAUACACACACACACACUCACACACGCCUAUUAUACACACUACAGGUACACCAGUCACUUUGGGUCCUGCUCAUGCUGGUUGGCCAGUGCACUGCAGCUCCAUCUUCAGCUCUAGAUCCAGAACAUGAAGAGGCCCAAGCAGCAGACUCAGGCCCUGAGCUUUCUAAGCUUCUUCAGCCGCAAGCCCAAAUCUGACCCCAGGCUCGAUCGGCAUACUGGUGCCCAGACCAAGGAUGAGGUGGCCAUUACCCUGACCCCGAGCGAGCAUGCAGGACAGGACCAGAACAUCACAACAGAAGAGAGCGGAGACAUUGGAGUUUCUGGAACAGAAAGAGCUGGAGGAGGGGGAGGAGAGGGAUGGGCGAUGACAAGAGGUGAAGGCGGAGCCACCGCGGAAUCUGGGGGCGGAGUCAGCAGUGAUUCCACUGGUGUCCUGUCCCUCUCCUCUUCCAGCCAGGACCAGCUAUUGGACGAACACCUAGAGGAGUGUCCUCUGUGCCUGCUCAGCCAACCGCGCUGCCGUUUCCCACGUCUCACUUCCUGUCCGCACCGGGCAUGCUCAGACUGCCUGCGCCAGUACCUUCGAAUCGAGAUCUCAGAGAGCCGGGUUGGCAUAGCAUGCCCACAGUGCCCCGAGGCCAUGGCACCACUGGAUGUUCGCGCCAUCCUGGACGAUGGAGCACUGCUGGAGCGCUUCGAGGAGUAUCAGCUGAGACGCUUUCUGGCGGGGGACCCCGACACGCGCUGGUGCCCGGCACCAGACUGCAGCUAUGCAGUGAUAGCCUACGGCUGUGCCGAGUGCCCCAAGCUGAGCUGCGGCCGCGAGGGCUGCGACACGGAGUUCUGCUACCACUGCCGGCAGCUGUGGCACCCCGACCAGACCUGUGACCAGGCCCGACGCCAACGUUCCCGCCACACCUCCGGUGGCCACGAUGGCUCCACGCUCUACGUGUUCAACGAGGAGCCAGGGGCAGAUGGGGAGGAGAUUAAGGCGUGCCCUCGCUGCAACGCCUACAUCAUGAAGACCAAUGACGGCAGCUGCAACCGCAUGAACUGCACCGUGUGUGCCUGUCAGUUCUGCUGGCUCUGUAUGCAGGAGAUCACCGACGUGCACUACCUCAGUCCCUCGGGCUGUACCUUCUGGGGGAAGAAGCCCUGGUCUCAGACACGGAAGGUUCUGUGGCAAGUGGGAAUGUUGCUGGGGGCGCCAGUCAUCAUCUCCCUCAUUGCUGGCAUCGCCAUACCCGUCAUCAUCGUGGGCAUUCCCAUCUACAUGGGUCGUAAGGUCCACGGCCGCUGUAAGAAAAACAGCAUCUCAGGAAGCAAGCACUACUUGACAGUGGCGAGUGGGGUGAUGAUGUCGGUGUUCGUGUCACCUGUCAUUGCAGCUGUCACUGUGGGUGUGGGGGUGCCUCUCAUGCUGACGUAUGUCUACGGCGUGGUCCCCAUGUCGCUCUGUAGGAACGGCUGGUGCCGGCCUCAGACCGAGCCCCCUGACUCUCACAAGAUACAGCUGGAGGACUUUGCCAGCUAUCUUCUAUUUUCUCACGUAGUCAGUGACCACUGGACGGGUCAGACCAACCCUGCGCUCAGUGACACCAGCGUACAGGAAGUCAGAGUCAGUGUACAGGAAGUAGGCAUGCUACCUAGUACUAGCUCCACCUCUCCAGAGCAAGACAACAGUGUGGGAUUGGACGAGGUGAAACGCCAUGGAUACACCCACCAGGACAGCCAUUCAGACUGUGAGGUGAUGGUGACUGACGGCUCGCCCAAUGACACACAGACUUUUGCCUUGCGGGAGGGCGCCAACAUCGAGGUGCGUGUGGAGAUCGAGGCCCAUCCCCGUGGAGCCCGCCAGCCUAGCCUGAGUAGUGUCUUGUCCAGCCGCAGCCUGUCGGUGGAGUCGCUGGCUCACUCCCCGUCCCAGUAUCAGUCCCAGGACUACCUAUGUGCCUCAGAACCGGAGCGGGGAGGAGGUAGAGAGGGGAGAGAGGAAGGAGGAGGAGACGGAGGAGAGGGGAGAGAGGAAGGAAAAGAGGAGGGGAGAGAGGAAGGAGACAGAGACAGCAUGCCAGUCUUUGAGAUGGACAGGGUCUGAAGUCCUGCCUACAUUAGGCCAUGCCCUGCUUCCACUAAAGGCUCCGCCCACCAGCUGCCUUUCAGCCAUGCCCUCUAAUGGAAAGGCACUUGGGAUGGAGAGAAAGAGAGAGGGAGAGAGAGGGAUGGAUGGUGAUAGAAAUAGUGUGGCUGAGUGACUGCGUGAAAAGACACAUUUUCGUGCAUGUGUGUGUGUGUGUAAGGGGGAGUGUAAAGACUGAAGGGGAGUAAAACAUGAAUGGUGGGCAAAGAGUGAUACAUGAGAUCUCACCAACAAUCCACAAGAUAGUCAUGAAUAACAAACCGAAAUGACUAAUAGCAUGCUAGCUGACCAAUGUGGUGGGUGUUAGCAUAGUUUUACAUCUGCCCUGGUGUGUCCCUUCCUAACACUACUCUAUUUAAUUAUCAAGCCUGUCCUCUGGGUGAACCGUUGUACUUCUAGUGAUUUGUACUAAUUAACCCGCUUGUCAAAGCAAACUAAAACAGUUAAAAGAGACUCAAAAGCAUGAUUUGUUUUGUAGGGGUAGCCAAAAGACAUGACAUGCAGCGCUACCUACCGCUGCCUGUGAGAUUAUCAGGCGCUUCCCCAAGCUAAGGAGAUGCUGUGAGCCAGUGCGAGGCGAGCGUAUGCCACACACAUCUUCCUCUUGAUGUUGGCUCUGGUGUUCUCAGGAGUGUGGGUCUGAUUAUGCAAGUCUCACAUGAAAAAAUGCAUGCUUAGCUGUCCAGCCUUUUUUGAAAGGGAAGAAUUGUGGACAAGGUGGAAUUUGCUGAAGAAUGUAUUGUUUGUCAGAAGUAAGCGUCUGGGAGUUGGACCGCUGGGAGUGGGCCCUUGAUCCAAAUGCUUGUUUGAGUAUAUUUGGUCAAUGACAUUCGAGGAACUGCUAUCUGGUGAUGGUGUCAGCAUAUGAUAAGUGUCACUAUAUGACAGUGACCACACACUAUAGACCACAGAAGGACCAUAAAAUGAUACAGUGAGCAUAUUGUGAGAUGACCCUCAGAUGACAAUAUCUCCUGGUUUGAGAUCCUAUGUCUUCCACUGGCAGGAAUAAGGCGGUCUCUCAGUGAUUCGUGGUCGUUUUACAGAGGCCAACUAUUAUGGUGGGGUGGCACUCUCUCUCUUUCUCUCUCAGAUUUGCAUAAAUGUAGCAUAUCACUGACAAGCAUUAGUAGCACAGCGAUUUUCAAUUUAGGGCUCCGAACAUCUCGAAAAAUGAGCUGCUGCAUGCCUCCGCUCCUCGCUGUGAAUCUGGGAUUCCCACCACAACACAUCGCAGAGACACCAGCCUCGACCGCUCCGUACUGCUGCUGACAGCAGCCUUGCCUAUGUGUUGAAACCAGCAGAAAAACACAGGAGGAAGGCCCUCUCAAUCAACCACGGAUCACCAAAGUUCCAUCGAACAGCAUGCCAACUCAGGCUAUAGUAACCCUUCUAGAUGAAUAUGACAAAAAUGUACUGUUAGGUUCCUGAGUGUGAAUUACCUUGGAGAGAUGAACCUGUGGGUAACAAUGGGUCUUUACAUAGACCGUGGGAAGGAAACAAAGACUGAAUGAAUAAAGGUUUCACCAUGAAGGACGAAACAUGACCUUGUGUUUGUGUACUUGUUUUUGUUUCUUCAGCAGUGAUGACACUUUCCUCCUACAAGGUCCAUCUGGAUUUUCACCUGUUCUAUCAGACAUGACAAACAUGCCUUGAUGGCAUUA